GUUAGCCGUAUGUGUGUCAGUAUUUACCUCUCGCGUUAAGCGAAAACAUGAAGCAUGGUUUUGCCUGACUUAAUACACGUUUGUGCAAUCUUCGUGGUAGCUAUUCACUUUUCAGAUUCUUGCACGGAAACAUACGCUUAUAGUGGCGAUGCAAACGUGAGACUGAUUUUCGAUAUUAAUUGGACUAAGGUUGGUGCAAGUGAUAUACCUAAUAUAUUAUGCUACAAAGAAGACGCACAGAUAGGGAACUGCCAACGGAUUUUAGGAGCCAUACUAUGCGGCACAAGCAACAAUGACGUGUCUGGCAUGUACGAAUUUUCUUCUAACGAAGAUUUUACUGCAGUAUACAUAACUAUACGUUCAUUCAAUGAAAGAACGGAAGGGCAAUAUUACUGUUUUCCAGAAAAUUACAAUAGUCAGAGGACGUCUAUUUGCCUACAAACAUUGGUCAAUCUCACUGCAUUGACACUACAUCCACAGACUAACGUUACAUAUCCGGUGUACAAAGAACAAUCUGUGUUCACCUGCAUAACAUCGGCAAGUAGACCUGGUGCACGUAUUCACUGGUUCGUAGCAGACCGGAACAUUACUGACAUGGCAAGCUAUACAUACAGUUCUUAUGUAGCAACCAGCAUUCUGAGAUAUACGCCUGACUCAAUCACCAGCGAAGAGUUAAGAUGCACAGCCUCUUAUUUGAUCAAAUCAACUAACAUUACAAUGCAAAGGCGGACAAACAUGACAAUUCUAUGCAAGUAUUUUAUGUAAACUUUUAAUAACAACAUCAAGCUAUGUUGUCGUAAAGAACAUACAAACAUACCAAAGAAAGUAGUCUAAGUGGCCGUUGUAGGCUGGUGACUGCUGCACUAGGAUGAUACCAGCAGUAGCAUCGGUGAACAACUUAUAAACCAGAUCGUUCAAUUAACUGUAGUUCGUGUCCAUAAUAUUCGGACCAUUCAAACUCACAUUUCUAUUUGACUUAUACUCAUCAAUCAUUUCAUUCUUGACUUAAACUACACCGAGCACUUUCGUACGUCUACCACAUAGCUCACGUACAAUCGAACUUUUUUCCAGAUUUGAACAGUUUCAUACACUUGACUCGCUUUUCUAACGCUAGGAACUUCAGAUUACAGCACUUGAUUUGUUAUUUCGAAUGUAUGUA